UCGUCGCUCACCGCCCGGCCCUCCGAAAGGUCCUCCGUAAACAUUUCCGGCCCCUCCCACCGCGCACCGCCUCCGUUCGGGGGGCUGCUCGCCGCCGUCGGGGCCCGGCAGUCCGCGAGUGCUGUCUCCGCAGCCGCGCGGUAGACGGCCGCGUUCCAGCCCUGCUGGCGACCCCCGGAGUUGAGCCUGCGAGUUGGGUGCGGGAACACCGGCCCUGGGUGGCCGGGAACCCUAAGGCCACCACCGCGAUCCGCAGGUCAAACGUGACGGGGCUCCCUCCUGGAUAGGGUCGGUCGGGAAGUUGAUGGAGACUCGACAGGCCUAAGUGUCCACCAUCACAGGAAGAUCUCUGCCCUCUGGGGCUGAGAGACCCCAACCUUUCUUCAAGCUGAAGCUGCCAGGCACUGAGGUACCAGCCAGAUGUCUUCCCACAAAGGCUCUGCCGGGGCACAAGGCAAUGGGGCUCCUUCUGGUAACAGAGAAGCUGACACAGUGGAGCUGGCUGAGCUGGGGCCCCUGCUGGAGGAGAAGGGCAAGCGGGCAGCCAGCAGCCCAGCCAAGGCUGAGGAAGAUCAAGCAUGCCCGGUGCCUCAGGAAGAGGAGGAGGAGGUGCGGGUGCUGACGCUUCCUCUGCAAGCCCACCAUGCCAUGGAGAAGAUGGAGGAGUUCGUGUAUAAGGUCUGGGAGGGACGUUGGAGAGUCAUCCCGUAUGAUGUGCUUCCUGACUGGCUGAAAGACAACGACUACCUGCUACAUGGCCACAGACCACCUAUGCCCUCCUUUCGGGCUUGCUUCAAGAGCAUCUUCCGCAUCCACACAGAGACUGGCAACAUCUGGACACAUCUGCUUGGUUUUGUGCUAUUUCUCUUUCUGGGAAUCUUGACGAUGCUGAGACCAAAUAUGUACUUCAUGGCUCCCCUGCAGGAGAAGGUGGUCUUCGGGAUGUUCUUCCUGGGCGCGGUGCUCUGCCUCAGUUUCUCCUGGCUCUUCCACACUGUCUACUGUCAUUCAGAGAAGGUCUCUCGGACUUUUUCCAAACUGGACUAUUCAGGGAUUGCUCUACUGAUUAUGGGGAGCUUCGUUCCCUGGCUCUAUUACUCCUUCUACUGCUCCCCACAGCCGCGGCUCAUCUACCUCUCCAUCGUCUGUGUCCUGGGCAUCUCUGCCAUCAUUGUGGCACAGUGGGACCGGUUUGCCACUCCCAAGCACCGGCAGACAAGAGCAGGAGUGUUCCUGGGACUUGGCUUGAGUGGUGUUGUACCCACCAUGCACUUUACUAUCGCUGAGGGCUUUGUCAAGGCCACCACGGUGGGCCAGAUGGGCUGGUUCUUCCUCAUGGCUGUGAUGUACAUCACCGGCGCCGGCCUGUAUGCUGCUCGGAUUCCUGAGCGCUUCUUCCCUGGAAAAUUUGACAUCUGGUUCCAGUCUCAUCAGAUUUUCCACGUCCUGGUGGUGGCAGCAGCUUUCGUCCACUUCUAUGGUGUGUCCAACCUUCAGGAAUUCCGUUAUGGCCUAGAAGGUGGCUGUACCGACGACUCCCUUCUCUGAGCCUCCCCACCUGAGGGGUGGAGGAGGGACUUCCCAAGUGCUUUUAAAAAUAACUUCUUUGCUGAAGUAUGAGGAAGAGUCUGAGUUGUCUGUUUCUAGAAGAAAUCUCUUAGAGAAGUCAGUACCAGUGACAUGUCAGCUCACUGUCCCAGCCUCCGUCCGGGCAGUACACUUCCCAUGUGCAUUCCCGGCAGUCACCUCGGCAAGGCAACUGCUGCUCCUUCACAGAUAGGACGUGGGAGCUCAUGUUGAGAUUUUACCCAUUCCUCCAGCCAUUUUGGGAAAAAAAAAAUUAUGAACUGGGAUUCUUCAGAAAUUAUGUUUUGUUUUUUCUUGAAGAAAAUAUCCCCCCCUUACCCCCGUCCUUACUUUGUAACCUGGCUGAUAACGGGCCAUCCAUUUUUGUAGCACACUUUUCAGAAACAAUUAUAACCUGGUCCCAUCUUUCUAGGACAAACAAAGCCACGCCUUGAUGUAGCCCGGCUAAUCAUGGAAGUACGUCCAGGCUUCAAAUAACUUGAGUUUAAAUCCUUUUUUUUUUUUUUCUUGGCAGAGUAAUGUAAAAUUAAAAUGGGGAAGAUAUUUAAUAUUUAAUACUAAGCUUUAAAAAGAAACCUGCUAUCACUGCUAUGUAUCUUGAUGCAAAGACUAUGGUGAUAAUAAAAGAAAGUAUAGACAACGCUUGGCAUUCAAAGAGUUAACUGUGUUGUCUCCACUGUUUGCACACAACUCCUGAGGCUCGAGGUUUCUGAGGACUCAGCUUCUACUGAGAUACAAAUCGGAAUCAUACCAGCAGUGAGACGGGUGUGGUCAGCGAAUGAGCAUAACUCAGUUCCUAACCUCUCAUCUCUAAUACAACUUAGUACCAUACAGACUCCUGAUUAGUGUCCCUCAGAUGGUAGAGUGUGUGCCUAGCACCCACAAAGCCCUGGGUUUCGUCACCAUUAUCAGAUAAACCAGGAAUGGUAGGUCAUGCCUAUAACACCAAUACCAAGGAGAUUGGUAUAUACAUGAGACUGUCUCAGAAAGGAAAAUCACUGUGUUACCAUAGUAUUUUUGGUUUUUCGAGACAUGGUCUCUGUGUAGCAUUGGCUGUCUUAGAACUGACCCUGUAGACCAGGCUGGCCUCAAACUCUCAGAGAUCCCCCUGCAUCCACCUCCCAAGUGUUGGGAUUAAAGGCAUGUGGCACCACUGCCUAGUAUAGACUAUGAGAGUCUCCAGUGUUGAGGCAUACCCUAGAACUUAGUUUUAGUAACACUACCUUGUUGGUGCUAGAGAAUCAUUCAGUUACUGCUCGCUGGAGAGAAACCAGGGAAGGCGGCAUGUGAUUGUGCUCUCAGAGCUGAGGGCUCAGGCAGGUAGAUCACUGCUCCCUACGCAGCAAACCUGCAUAGUUGACUAGUUUCAGGGAAUCGGACAGUGCUUCCAGAACAAUUCUUGAGUGUAACCUCCCCUCCUCGGCCUGAAAUCUGGCUGAUCAGGUUUGACUGUUAGUGCUAGGAGAGCAUCAGGGGUGGAGCCUGCCACCCUAUCGGUCUGCCACUCCCACUGCUACUGCCUGCCUUCUAGCGGUUCCGGAGCCGACUUGAGGUCACCUGAAACUGGACUCCAAGGAUGAUUUGGCUGGAAUGGGCCCCUCCCCCUUCUUCAUAACCCAGUGUCUCUGAAUAGUAAAAUUGAACCUUGAUCAAA